GCUGGAGUCUGCUAGUGGAGGGACCGCUGCUGGACAGACAGAGGGCUGAGUGGGGAAUCAGCCAAGGACCCACACGGGCAGGGAUGGAGCCAGCCUCAGGGGAACGAGGGAGGGACUGGCGGGGACAGCCUGCUUCCUGGGAGCUACGACUGGGCCUGCUGCUGAGCGUGCUGGCCACCACCCUGGCCCAGGCCCUGGCCCUGGACGUGCCAGGCUGUUCGCGGGGAAGCUGCUACCCCGCCACAGGUGACCUGCUGGUGGGCCGAGCUGACAGACUGACCGCCUCAUCCACCUGUGGUUUGCACGGGCCCCAGCCCUACUGCAUCGUCAGUCACCUGCAGGAUGAGAAGAAGUGCUUUCUGUGUGACUCCCGGCACCCCUUCUCUGCUCGAGACAACCCAAAUAGCCAUCGCAUCCAGAAUGUAGUUACCAGCUUCGCACCACAGCGCCGAGCAGCCUGGUGGCAGUCAGAGAAUGGUGUCCCCGUGGUUACCAUCCAGCUGGACUUGGAGGCUGAGUUCCAUUUCACGCACCUCAUUAUGACCUUCAAGACAUUUCGCCCUGCUGCCAUGCUGGUGGAGCGCUCAGCAGACUUUGGACGCACCUGGCAUGUGUAUCGAUAUUUCUCCUAUGACUGUGGGACUGACUUCCCAGGAGUUCCACUGGCCCCCCCACGGCACUGGGAUGACGUAGUUUGUGAGUCCCGCUACUCAGAGAUUGAACCAUCCACUGAAGGCGAGGUCAUCUAUCGUGUGCUGGACCCUGCCAUCCCUAUCCCAGACCCCUACAGCCCACGGAUCCAGAACCUGCUGAAGAUCACCAACCUACGUGUGAACCUGACACGGCUACACACGCUGGGAGACAACCUGCUUGACCCACGGCGGGAGAUCCGUGAGAAGUACUAUUACGCCCUCUACGAGCUGGUUGUGCGUGGCAACUGCUUCUGCUACGGACAUGCCUCACAGUGUGCACCCGCACCAGGGGCACCAGCCCAUGCUGAGGGCAUGGUUCAUGGGGCCUGCAUCUGCAAACACAACACUCGUGGCCUCAACUGUGAACAGUGUCAGGAUUUCUAUCAUGAUCUGCCCUGGCAUCCGGCAGAGGAUGGCCACAGUCAUGCCUGCAGGAAGUGCGAGUGCCAUGGGCACACCCACAGCUGCCACUUCGACAUGGCCAUAUACCUGGCAUCAGGCAAUGUGAGUGGAGGUGUCUGUGAUGGAUGUCAGCACAACACAGCUGGGCACCACUGUGAGCUCUGUCGACCCUUCUUCUACCGUGACCCAACCAAGGACCUGCGGGACCCAGCCGUGUGCCGCUCCUGUGAUUGUGACCCCAUGGGUUCCCAAGACGGUGGUCGUUGUGAUCCCCAUGACGAUCCUGCACUGGGGCUCGUCUCGGGCCAGUGUCGCUGCAAAGAACAUGUGGUGGGCUCUCGCUGCCAACAAUGCCGUGAUGGCUUCUUUGGGCUCAGUGCCAGUGACCCUGUAGGCUGCCGGCGGUGUCAGUGUGAUGCACGGGGCACAGUGCCUGGGGGCACCCCUUGUGACCCCAGCAGUGGAACCUGUUUCUGCAAGCGUCUAGUGACUGGACGUGGCUGCAACCACUGCCUGCCCGGCCACUGGGGCCUGAGCCAUGACCUACUCGGCUGCCGUCCAUGUGACUGCGACGUGGGUGGUGCCUUGGAUCCCCAGUGCAAUGAGGCCACAGGUCAGUGCCACUGCCGCCAGCACAUGGUAGGGCGACGCUGUGAGCAGGUGCGGCCUGGCUACUUCCGGCCCUUCCUUGACCACUUAACUUGGGAGGCUGAGGACGCCCAAGGGCAGGUGCUUGAUGUGGUGGAGCGCCUGGUGACUCCUGGGGGGACUCCAUCCUGGACGGGCCCGGGCUUCGUUAGGAUGCGGCAAGGCCAGGCACUGGAGUUCCUGGUGGCCUCUGUGCCAAGAGCCAUGGACUAUGAUCUGCUGCUGCGCUUGGAGCCCCAGGUCCCUGAGCAAUGGGCAGAGAUGGAACUGACUGUGCAGCGCCCAGGGCCUGUGUCUGCCCGUAGCCUGUGUGGGCAUGUGCUGCCCAAAGAUGACCACAUCCCAGGGACCCUGCAACCAGACACCAGGUACAUGGUGCUUCCCAGACCUGUCUGCCUUGAGCCUGGCAACUCCUACAAGCUGCAUCUGAAGCUGGUGCGAACAGGGGGAAGUGCCCAGCCUGAUGCCCCCUACUCUGGACCCAGCCUGCUCAUUGACUCGCUGGUGCUGCUGCCCCAUGUUCUGGUGCUGGAGGUGUUUAGUGGGGGUGAUGCUGCUUCCCUGGAGCGUCGUGCCACCUUUGAACGCUACCGCUGCCAUGAGGAGGGUCUGGUGCCCAGCAAGACUCUUCCCUCUGAGGCUUGUGCCCCACUCCUCAUCAGCCUGUCCACCCUGCUCUACAACGGUGCCCUGCCCUGUCAGUGCGACCCCCAGGGCUCACUGAGUUCUGAGUGCAACCCCCAUGGCGGUCAGUGCCUGUGCAAACCUGCAGUGGUUGGGCGCCGCUGUGACCUCUGUGCCCCUGGCUACUAUGGCUUUGGCCCCACAGGCUGUCAAGCCUGCCAGUGCAGCCCUGAGGGGGCACUCAGCAGCCUUUGUGAAGGGACCAGUGGGCAAUGCUCCUGCCGAACUGGUGCCUUUGGGCUUCACUGCGACCGCUGCCAGCGUGGCCAGUGGGGAUUCCCUAGCUGCCGGCCAUGUGUCUGCAAUGGGCAUGCAGACGAAUGUGACACCCACACAGGCGCUUGCCUGGGCUGCCGUGAUCACACAGUGGGUGAGCACUGUGAAAGGUGCAUUGCUGGCUUCCAUGGGGACCCGCGGCUGCCAUAUGGGGACCAGUGCCGGCCUUGUCCCUGCCCUGAAGGCCCUGGGAGCCGGCGGCACUUUGCUACUUCUUGCCAUCGGGAUGGGUACUCCCAGCAGAUUGUGUGCCACUGCAGGGCAGGCUACACAGGGCCACGGUGUGAAGCUUGUGCCCCUGGGCACUUUGGGGACCCAUCAAGGCCAGGCGGCUGGUGCCAACCAUGUGAGUGCAGUGGGAACAUUGACCCCACGGACCCUGAUGCCUGUGACCCCCACACGGGGCAAUGCCUGCACUGCUUACACCACACCAAGGGGCCACACUGUGCCCACUGCAAGCCUGGCUUCCAUGGGCAGGCUGCCCGGCAGAGCUGUCGCCGCUGCACCUGCAACCUGCUGGGCACAGAUCCCCAGCAGUGCCCAUCCACUGACCGAUGCAACUGUGACCCAAGCAGUGGGCAGUGCCCAUGCCUCCCCAAUGUCCAGGGCCCUAGCUGUGACCGCUGUGCCCCCAACUUCUGGAACCUUACCAGUGGCCAUGGCUGCCAGCCCUGUGCCUGCCACCCAAGCCGAGCCAGAGGGCCCACCUGCAAUGAGUUCACAGGGCAGUGCCAGUGCCGUGCUGGCUUCGGUGGGCGAACUUGUUCUGAGUGCCAGGAACUCCACUGGGGAGACCCUGGGUUGCAGUGCCGUGCCUGUGAUUGUGACCCUCGUGGAAUAGACACGCCUCAGUGUCACCGCUCCACAGGCCACUGCAGCUGCCGCCUGGGUGUGUCUGGAGUGCGCUGUGACCAGUGUGCCCGUGGCUUUUCGGGUGUCUUUCCUGCCUGCCACCCCUGCCACGCAUGCUUUGGGGACUGGGACCGCGUGGUGCAGGACUUGGCUGCCCGUACACGGCGCCUGGAGCAGCAAGCACAGGAGCUGCAGCAGACGGGUGUGCUGGGUGCCUUUGAGAGCAGCUUCCAGCACAUGCAAGAGAAGCUGGGCACUGUGCAGAGGAUUGUGGGUGCCCGCAACACCUCAGCUGCUUCCACUGCACAGCUCCUGGAGGCCACAGAGGAGCUGCGGCAUGAAAUUGGGGAGGCCACUGAGCACCUGACCCAGCUGGAGACAGAGCUGACAGAUGUUCAGGACGAGAACUUCAAUGCCAACCAUGCACUAAGCAGUCUGGAGCGAGAUGGGCUUGCACUUAAUCUCACACUGCGGCAGCUCGACCAGCAUUUGGACCUGCUCAAGCAUUCAAACUUCCUGGGUGCCUAUGACAGCAUCCGCCAUGCCCACAGCCUGUCUGCAGAGGCAGAACGUCGUGCCAACACAUCGGCCCUGACAGUGCCCAGCCCUGUGAGCAACUCAGCAGGCACUCGGCACCGGACAGAGGUGCUGAUGGGUGCCCAGAGGGAGGACUUCAACCGCAAACACAUGGCCAACCAGCGGGCACUGGGCAAGCUCUCUGCCCAAACCCACACCCUGAGCCUGACAAGCAUAAAUGAACUGGUGAGGCACAAGCAUGGGGUGGGACAUGUGGGUGUGGCUGUUCCCUCACAGGGCCCUGACUUAUUCUGUGUGUGGCAGGUGUGUGGGCCCCCAGGGGAUGCACCCUGUGCUACGAGCCCUUGUGGGGGUGCCGGCUGCCGGGACGAGGAUGGGCAGCCCCGCUGUGGGGGCCUUGGCUGCAACGGGGCAGCUGCCAUGGCAGACCUGGCGCUCGGUCGGGCUCGGCACACCCAGGCAGAGCUGCAGCGGGCACUGGCAGAAGGUGGUGGCAUCCUCAGCCAGGUGGCUGAGACCCGUCGACAGGCAGGCGAGGCACAGCAGCAGGCCCAGGCAGCCCUGGACAAGGCUAAUGCUUCCAAGGGACAGGUGGAGCAGGCCAACCAGGAAUUGCGGGAACUUAUCCAGAGUGUGAAGGACUUCCUCAGCCAGGAGGGGGCUGAUCCUGAUAGCAUUGAGAUGGUGGCCACACGGGUGCUAGAGCUUUCUAUCCCAGCAUCACCUGAGCAGAUCCAUCACCUGGCGGGCGCAAUUGCAGAGCGGGUCCGGAGCCUGGCGGAUGUGGACACGAUCCUGGCGCGUACUGUGGGCGAUGUGCGUCGGGCAGAGCAGCUACUGCAGGAUGCAUGGCGGGCAAGGAGCCGGGCUGAGGGUGAGAAACAGAAGGCAGAGACAGUACAGGCGGCACUGGAGGAGGCCCAGCGGGCACAGGGUGCUGCUCAAGGUGCCAUCCAGGGAGCAGUGGUUGACACACAGGACACAAAACAGACCCUGCACCAGGUACAGGAGAGGAUGGCAGGUGCAGAGCAGGCACUGAGCUCUGCAGGCGAACGGGCUCAGCACUUGGAUGGUCUCCUGGAGGCUCUGAAAUUGAAACGAGCAGGGAAUAGCCUGGCAGCCUCUAGCGCUGAAGAAACAGCAGGCAGUGCCCAGGGUCGUGCCAGAGAGGCUGAGCAGCUGCUGCAGGGUCCACUAGGCGACCAGUAUCAGACAGUGAGGGCCCUGGCUGAGCGCAAGGCCCAGGGUGUGCUGGCUGCGCAGUCGCGGGCAGAGCAACUGCGGGAUGAGGCUCGGGGCUUGUUGCAGGCUGCUCAGGACAAACUGCAGCGGCUGCAAGAGCUGGAGGGCACCUAUGAGGAGAAUGAGCGAGCGCUGGAGGGCAAAGCCGCCCAGCUGGAUGGGCUGGAGGCCAGAAUGCGCAGCGUGCUUCAAGCCAUCAACUUGCAGGUCCAGAUCUACAACACCUGCCAGUGACCCCUGCCCGAGGCCUACCCAGUCCCCAGCCCCGCCCCGCACGCGUUACCGCCUAUGUAUGGAACAGUUCCCAGCCUGGCAAAGCCCCCAAUAAACUGGUGUGAAUCCCUACUCUGUUGUCUUGACUCUGAUUUGGGGGAGC